AUGAGUGAUUGCUGCCUCAGAGGAUUCCAAUGGGAUGCCCAGCCGGCUGGCCAUGACAUGAAAGUAGCCGGACGCGACUGUUAUGUGACAGGGUCUAACCCAGACAUCGCCAUCAUCAUCCUACACGACCUCUUUGGGUGGACUUUCAAGAACACCCGCAUUCUAGCCGAUCAAUACGCAGAGGAAGUCGGCGCUACUGUGUACAUCCCCGAUCUAUUCGGGGGUGAGGUGAUUCCCGCCCAUGUAGUCCUCGAUCAGAGCCUCUGGGCCAGCAUCAACCUGCCGUCGUUCCUUAGACGCAACUCCAAAGCCGUACGGGGACCCGAGAUCGUCGAGUGUGCCACACUUCUCCGCGCCCGGCACAGUAGGAUUGGUGUCAUCGGUUUCUGUUACGGCGGCUGGGGCGCGUUUCGCCUAGGCAGCAGGGAGAAUGCCCUCGCAGCUUGCAUCGUGGCUGCGCACCCGACGCAGCUAGAGAAGGCUGAAAUCGAGAAUGUGGGCGUGCCUGUGCAGGUUCUAGCUCCCCAGAGGGAUCCCAUGUUCACAGAGGAGCUCAAGGCGUUUAGCAAUCAGGUCAUCCCCACGCUGGGUGUUGCAUACGACUAUCAGUACUUUCCAGGAGUGGAGCAUGGGUUUGCCGUCCGAGGAAGCCCAGAGAUUGAGGGUGAGAGACGCGCGAUGGAGCGAGCCAAGAAUGCGGCCGUCUUGUGGUUCCGCCAGUGGCUGAAAUGA